GAGUGCAUGCAAUUCAUAUGUGUUUCAUAACAAAACACACAAUCAUUCACCGCUCCCAUCACAGAAAAACCCAUGGUCAGAAAAAAUGCAUAAUAUUGACAACAUUGAAUCAUUCGAUCUGAUAAUGGCUAAAAAAUCUGGUUUUGUUACCUGUGGUCCAAAUGAAGCAUUAAUCGUAUCGGGAUGUUGUCAUCGUCGUCCAUUGAUGAUUCCAGGUGGUCGUGUAUUUGUUUGGCCUGGUAUACAAAAAGUUCAAAGGUUUAUUUUUUUAUAUAAACAUAAACAUUGGUUUCCUUUUAAUCGAAACUUUUCUAAAUAUAGAAUUUCAUUGAAUACAAUGACAUUGGUGAUUGAAAGUCCUCGUGUUUAUACACAACAAGGUGUAUCGAUUUCCGUUACAGGUAUUGCUCAGGUUAAAAUUCAAGGACAAAAUGCCGAUAUGUUACGAUCAGCGUGUGAACAAUUUCUUGGCAAAUCCGAUGAAGAAAUUAUGAUUGUUGCACGUGAAACACUUGAAGGCCAUCAACGUGCUAUAAUGGCUUCAAUGACUGUGGAAGAAAUCUAUAAGAAUCGGAAAAAAUUCUCAAAAAAAGUAUUUGAAGUAGCAUCUACCGAUCUAGUCGAUAUGGGUUUAUUAGUGGUAUCGUAUACGAUCAAAGACAUCAAUGAUGAUGAAGGAUAUCUAAAGGCAUUAGGUCAGGCACGAACAGCCGAAGUAAAACGUGAUGCAAGAAUUGGUGAAGCACAAGCACAACGAGAUGCAACAAUCAAAGAAGCAUUAGCUAAUGAAGAAAAACAAACAGCAGAAUUGGCUAAUAAAACGGAAAUAGCUAAAGCACAAAGAGAUUUUGAAUUAAAAAAAGCUAGUUAUGAUGCAGAAAUUUAUACGAAAAAAGCAGAUGCUGAAUUAGCCACAGCAUUACAAACGGCCAUCAUACAGCAAAGAAUAAUGGAAGAAAAAAUGCAGGUAAAAAUUAUUGAAAAAACACAAGAUAUUGAAAUACAAAAAGAAGAAAUUGAACGUAAAAGAAAAGAAUUAGAAGCAACAAUAAUGAAAGCUGCCGAUGCUGAACGUUAUAGGCUGGAAAAAUUAGCUGAAGCAAAUAAAGAACGUAUAAUAAGAGAAACGGAAGCUGAAGCAAAAGCAAUCGAAUUAAGAGGUGAUGCUGAAGCACAUGUAAUUGAUGCUAAAGCAAAAGUUGAUGCCGAAAUUCUUGCACAAAAAGCUGAUGCAUAUAGAAAUUAUGAAAAUGCUGCCAAAAUUGAAAUGAUUCUCAAUACACUGCCAAGGGUUGCCGCUGAAAUAGCCGGACCAUUAGCUGAAUGUAAUAGAAUUGUUAUGGUAUCAAAUAGUGAUGAAAUUGGUGCCGGAAAAAUAACCUGUGAAGUAUUGGAAAUUAUAACAAAAAUACAUUCAAGUAUUGCUACAAUGAUACAAACAUCAUCAACUUCAGCAGCUAGUGCUGCUGCUGCUGUUGUUCAACAAUCAUCAACAAGUACGGCGACGACUGUAGGAACAUGGAAGUCAGCAACAUUUCCAAAGCCGAGCUGAAACAUCCACAUCAUCAAUAUCAUCAAAAUAUUAUUUUCAUCCAUUUACAAGCCGACCAUCAUCACCAGGACUACGAUUUCCAACAAGACCACCAUAAUAAUAAUCAACGAUUUACCCGAUCAUUAGACUGGAGAAUUAACCAUUGUAACUAGCCAAUCAUACAUGUAUCCAUUUAUAUUAUAUUUAUUUCAACAAACAUCAAUCAGUAAUCAUCAUUUUUAUUUCAUUUUUCUAAUAUUCUGAA